AUGCUGGAAGACGCGUCUCUCGUCGAUCCAGACAGGCAGCUGGACCUGCCAUCGACCACGAGCCGCAGUACGGUGGGACUAGGCACAACAAGCGACAGUAUUGGCAGGCCCAACGCUGUUGCACUUGAUGUGCAUCCGAUCGGCGGGUCCGAUAACCUUGUGGCCAAAAUUCCCCUCGAAUUGGUGACUGCAAUUUUCGCAUCCUGUCUCCAUGAAGAACCUAGCGAGUACAAAGAUCAGGGGCUGAAGAAGGGUCUCUGGACAUUGCGAUUGGUCUCCAAACAGUGGCGCGAUAUCGUUGAAGGAACACCAAGCCUUUGGAAACACGUAUCUAUCCCUCUUACAGUCGAGAGCCUGGAGCAAUCGAUUGAUAUGGCAGAGAUAUGGAUAGAUCGUGCUGGGAAUCGACCGUCGGAAAUGCACAUCUAUGCUCUCGGCGAUGAAGUUUGGGAUGGACAUUUGGAGCAGUUUAAGCGGUUCGCCCGUAUCGUCAACGCGUCUUCGCUACACUGGACCGUUUUACGCCUCGACUUGCCUACGGUGCUUAUGGAGAUGAUCGCUGGCCAGCCCACCAACUUGCAGGAAUUGAUACAUAUGAAUAGCACAGAGCAUGGCGCCGAUUUCUUUGAUCGUUAUUUCUUAGUGCGUUAUUCUGAUCGCGAACCUCCCCCACCUGGCCACUCCCUCGCGCUAGCAAACGUGGCCGCCGCCGGAGUCACGUCGAUGCCUGCCCCAAAAACGCUUUGUCUCGAUUCCAUCUAUCUAAGCUCGAUCAGGGCUUCCUGGUUUAACCUCAAUGAAGCUAAUUUACAGGAUAUCAGUGUUAAGGACUUGCUCAAAAUGUUGCGUGAAGCGCCACUCAUGACUAAAUUGUGUCUCAUAGAGAGUCGACGGGGAGUAUUUCCAUACCCAGAUUGGUCUUCACCCGUUUUUCAUACGUCGCUGAGGAUGUUUUCCAUACGUGUGGCGCAUGCUAGAUAUCUGGAUACCCUUUUCGCUGGCAUCGCAUCAACUCGUCUGGACGAACUAAAACUCAGUGCGAUAUACCGAGUUAUUGAUCCAAGUUCUUUUACUGGAUUGAUGCAACGUUCCUCCUGGCCUUUAACAAAACUGGACCUCGAUGGGCUUCAUGGUAUCAACAAUGAUGAUUUAUUUCGCGUUCUUAAAUCAGUACCUCGCCUGAAAGAGCUUCGCAUAGCUCCCAAUCGUUUAGAUUCCAAUGCAAGAUAUACCGUCAAACCCCUCUUCGAACGUCUGUCGCGUACGAGCUUAAGACGACCACCCCAGUUCCAAAACAUUGCUUACAGUUUCGAUAUGUUUCUCCCUGUUCUGGAAUCUUUCGAGUACGUAUCGCGCUCUCCGAUCGAUUGGCACAAGUUCGGGAAACGUGUUCCUGAUAUUUUUGGGAUUGAGAAGAGGUUAGACAGGCAGUCGGGAAACAAUUUCAAUGAUGAGUCGAGGAGGCCACUCAAAAUUCUCCGGCUGGUAUAUGAACCCUGCAACAUGUAUUACUUCACUCCACCGCCUGGUUUUGGAUCGACGACCAAAGCACUGAUCAGGCAGAUUGUUAGGUAUGGAGCCCAAAUUGAAGUAGUUUUAAAGCACGCCGAAGAUUCGGAGCAGAGCGGAGACUCAAGCAGUGACACUGAAUUAUCGUACACAGACAGUUCGACUGAUUAUGAGUCCGAAAGCGCCACUGGUUCAGAAAAUGGAUUGGAAUCGGGGGAUGACGACGACAAGUCGGAAGACGAAGACGAAUCUGAAUACUGUAGCGAGUUAGAUGGAUUUAUUAGCGACAGUUAUAUGGGUGACUAUGGUUCUGACGAUGAUGACUCCUCAUUGGGAGAUGACGAUUGCAACCCAGUGAAUCUGGGGUUUUCUGACCAGAUAGGAAGACCGGUGGUUGCUUUCCUCCCAAAGGAUAUGUUUGACGACGUGGAAAAUUCGUACUACACUGACUCUGAAGUAGAGUAG